AUGAGAUCAAUCUUCUUGUCUCUUUUGUGGGGGGGAGGUGUUGUGCGCUCCGCUAUAAACCCCGACGGCACCCAAGCUGUCGAGCCUGUGACAGCAGUCGAUAAUUCACCUAUCGGUGAUCUGACAACGUACUACCCUGAUCAGCACGACUGUCCACUUGGAUGCAAGGACGUUACAAAUACGCAUAGCUGGAUAACAUAUUUCUCAAUCGACAGGCUUCGUCGCUGCAAUGAGACAAUGCUCUUGCAGUUCUCCGUAUCCCAGCCUUUAGAUAAUCCAGAUUCAACCGUAUUGAUCCGCAGCUGCACUCUUGGAUCUGUCAAUGACAAGGCCGCCGCCGUUGAAGCCGAUCUGCCAACGGUAGACAACCCGAAAAAAGAUGACAAACUCUUUCUACCAAGCCUUGAGUCUGCCCCAGCUUGCUCUUCCGAGGGCAUUGAGAGCCAGGACCACAUCCAGCUUUCUACUAGCAGUGGGCCUGGUAAUGUCUCAAUCGAGCAAUCGGGCGAUAUUGGAGGCGUAUUGGACGGAAUGAACAAAUAUUUCUCCGCAAAAGACAACUGCGACGAGUCCUUUAUAUUUGCCUACCAUCAGCAAACGGUGGGAGCAGUGUAUGUUGGAGACGCGAUUGGAAAGGGUACUGUAGACUCAGCUCUGCAGGCCCUAAAGCAAAGCAUCUCGUCCAACACUGCAGUCGCUUCCCGCACGGUAGCCGAGCUCUGCGGUAACGGUCGUUCAGGCGAGCGCAGUUUUGGUGUAGCAAUCGAUACAACGGGCAAUCUGGCCGGGGUGCAGAAGUUGGCGCAUGAGUGGAGUCAAGGCAAAUGUUUGGCGCAGGAAGGCGCCAGCACUUUGACAGAGGUAACAGUGAGGGAGAUUGCCACUGGGCACAAUGGCACGAGCGCCACGAACAGCACUACCGACAGCUAUACUUCAACGGCCUUACCAUUAAAACGAGGGCAUGGCUUCCAUGGCCGACACACUGGUCACAUACACCGGCAGAAGCGUGCUGGACCAAAGCCAUCGGCCGACGGCACUUGUGCUACUCAUCUGAUCGGCAGCGGCGACACAUGCGAUAAGCUGUCCAAACAGUAUGGCGUCAGCAUCGACGACUUAGAGAAGUGGAACAAAGGGAAAACAUGGGCCUGGACCGAGUGCAAGGAAGCACUUAUCGGCUACAACAUGUGCGUUAGCGACGGUUUUGCUCCACUACCUCCUCCACAGCAGGGUGCUGAAUGUGGUCCUUUGGUCCCCGGUACCAAGGCACCCACUGACAAGUCUGUCUCUAUUGCCUCUUUAAACCCUUGUCCAUUGAAGGCUUGUUGCAGUAACUGGGGUUUCUGUGGUGUUUUCCCUGCUCAUUGCGACAUCCACGCACCUGAAGGUGGUGGCCCAGGCACCAAAUUGAAGGACUUCCAGAAUACCUGUGUUGCCAAUUGCGGAAACGAAAUCAAGCAAAACUCUGGUCCACCGGCAGCGUUCCAGCGCAUAGGUUAUUACGAAUCGUAUAACUUUGGACGCGAAUGCUUGCAUAUGAAAGCCAAGAACGCCAAUACUGACGGCUCUUAUACACACAUGCAUUGGGCUUUCGCAGACAUUGACCCCAACACCUGGAAGCCCGUCAUCAACGACUCUGCGAAGCAGUGGGAAGACUUCAAGAAACUGCCUAACAUGAAGCGCAUCGUCUCGUUGGGUGGCUGGGCGUAUUCAACAGAGCCUGCAACAUACAAUAUCAUCCGACAGGCCAUCAUCAACAACCGAGACACCUUCGCCGCGAAUCUUGCGAAGUUUGUCCAAGAUGAGAAGAUUGAUGGCAUCGAUAUUGAUUGGGAGUAUCCAGGAGCUCCGGAUAUCAUGGUCGGUGGUCAGCCUAUUGGCAAGACUACAGAUGGUCUCGAUUACCUGAAGUUCCUGAUCGUGCUGAAGAAGGCUCUCGGCAAAGACAAGUCUGUAUCGAUUGCAGCCCCAGCAUCUUAUUGGUACCUUAAAGCAUUUCCUAUCGAUCGAAUCGCUGCUGCUAUUGAUUACAUCGUGUACAUGACGUACGAUCUCCAUGGCCAGUGGGACUAUGGCAACCCUAAUGCUUACGACAUGUGCCCUUCCGGUAAAUGUAUUCGCAGUCAUGUUAAUUUAACGGAAACAAUGAACUCUUUAUCCAUGAUCACCAAAGCAGGUGCGGCCAACAACAAGAUAUUUGUUGGCGAGGCUAGCUACGGAAGGUCGUUCCACAUGGCAAAGGAUGGCUGCUGGGGCCCGACAUGCGACUUCACUGGAUCCAGGACGCAAUCAGAUGCAGCACCAGGACGAUGCACAAAUACAGGUGGCUAUCUCGCCUAUGCUGAGAUUGCUGAGCUCAUUGGCACUGCUGAUGGGCUGAGGAUGUUUUAUGAUGCGAAGUCCAAUUCGGACAUCGUAGUUUACAAAGGUGAUUAUAUAAGCUAUAUGAGUACAGAGACCAAGAACACACGGCGCAACGAGUGGCAAAAGCGAAACUUUGCAGGCAGCAUUGAUUGGGCCGUCGAUCUACAAUCAUUUACAGCGGAUGAAUACAGCGAUGACUCCUUAGAAAGGCCAACAGGUAGUACUGGUUGCGUCAUGGGAGAAGAUGUGACGCUCGACACAGGCUCGCUCUGCGCAUUCUCUUGUAUGUAUGGAUUUUGUCCAGAAAGUCUUUGCGAGUGCCUUGAUGAAGGCGAGAUGGAGGGACUGCCCCCUAAACAAGCCGAUGUUGGCGAUGUGGUAGCCUACGAUCAAAACAACGUCGAACUGAACCGUCUCUGCAAAUGGGCUUGCCAGUACGGCUAUUGCCCGGACGAUAUUUGCCUCAAAUCAGAGCCGGAAAUUGACACGAGCGUCCCGGAGGUUGGAGAAGUGGAGAACUAUUACAACACGACAGAAGUCAGGCUUCAAAAUGCGCAGAAAUGCGUCCUUUUCAAAGACCCAGCGUAUCGAGACGUCUCGGUGAGGGAUUGCGAAAAGGUCUGUCACGAUAAAGUUGAAGCUGCAAAGGCAGAGGGGAGAACCACAAACUAUGGCUGUAUCGGCUUCUUCCCUGGAGAGAAAACAAUCCCGUGGGAGCAGCCCCCGGGCGCCGUUGCCGCCGCUCCGGGACGGUGCAUGUGUGAUAAUUGGCUGCUUAAUGAGCUUGCCGAUACGGUUCUCGAGGCACUGCCAAUGAUUGCUCAGAUUGGCUGUUACAUAAUCAUGCAAUCCCUCAAGCUUGUUCUUGAUGUAGGACUGCAAUUCGUUCCAGGUGUAGGAAAGAUUCUUGACGCUGGUCUGGACAUGGCCACCACAGCCGCUCAAAUGGCCGCAUACCUCUAUCCCGAAGAAGAGGAUCCUGAGGGCGCUUUCAACUGGUGGUUGAGCCCCUGCGGUGGUACGGAUCUUGUUCCAGAGGACAUUAAAAAGGCUUUUGGUAUCUUGAGCCAAGUGGCCGACGGAGUCUCAAGUUUCAAAGCACCAAAAAAUCUCAAGAAGGGUGGUAGCAAGAAGGGCGACGACGGCAAUCCGCAUGAUCAGUCGAAACCUCGGUCGACCAACAACAACAACAACAGCGGCAAUUCAGGAACGAAGAAUAAAUGCAACAUCCAGGGUGUGAAGACGGAACGGAAAGGCAAAGGCGCCAACACAUUACGAAUGUUGUCUUGCAACAAAAAGGACGAAACAGAAACGACCGAGAUGAUUGUCACUUCUCUUGCCUAUGGCGCAGGCGCAAAGCCCUUGUUGGUAAAGAAGCAGUGCUCAAAGGAGUAUUCCCAGGCUUGUUUCCAUUAUAGCUCGGCGAUCCGAGUAAAUAAGCACUGGGCAACACUUACCUGCCCCCAGGCCGCUGCCACAACUAGUAAGAUUCGCAAGAAUAACAAGGCCGACAGUGCUCCAGCAACCAGAAUAUGGAAAGAAGAACGCAAAGGCAAAGAUUGGAUGAACCCCGCGAAACGCCAGGGUCCCAAAAAAAAUUGCCAACGAGACGAAUACCCGCCGGCAUAUCUCUUGGUCAAGACGGACGUAGCAUGGACACAAGGUGGCAUAGACUCCACAGGCCAACUAGUGCGAUUUAUUCCUGGAGAUGAGAAUGGUGGAGCCGCCAACACCAUGUGGGCAGGAAUUUGCUUUAAUUCACCACUUCUCGAGCUUACGGACAAGGAGUUUUCCGACAAAGUCAUAGCCGCCGCGAACAAGAACCAGGUCAAGCGAGCGAAUGCAGUAACCACUUACGCGACGUUUACGGUACCUCAUCAUCCCGAGUUCACCAUCGACAGCUGGGGCCAUUCCGCGUCGCCGCCUACAAACGAUGGUCUUGAAGUCAAUGAUUGUUGGCCUAAGGAUAUCGCUGCCAAGGAUCCGGGAUUCGCGCUGCUAUUGUGUGAUCCUUAUUAUGGUGGAAAAGCCCCUCCCUAUGACUAUUCAGCUGCUUACAAGAAGGGCACAAACGGGAGUUAG